AAAGUCAUCAACUUAAUUUAGGGAAACUGUUGAUAAAAGACGAAGAAUAACCAUAAUUGCGUUUAAUCAAAGUCUUGGAACCAUGGAUAGAAGGCCAUCAGGAUUCUCAAAAGUACCAUUAGUCAAUGCACGUUCUGUCCUAAUCGCUAUAGACGGUUCUGAACAUUCAAAGAGAGCAUUCCAGUAUUAUUUAAAAUGGCUUCAAAGACCAGAUGAUGCAGUCACAAUAUUUCAUGCAGUUGAACCUGUCUCUUUACCAAGUUUCUCUCUAAUGAAUCCAAUGGGUAUACCAAGUGAUGAAUGGUCAAAUAUUGUACAAAACAAUGUGAAACGUGUCCUUGAACUUGAAAAUGAUUAUAGUACAGAGUGUUUAAGUCAAAAUUUAACUUAUCAAUUCCUUUAUGAAUCUGUUGAUCAUAUUGGUUCAGCCAUUGUUCAAAAGGCUGAAAAGUAUAAAGCAAAUUUAUUGAUUAUUGGAAGUCGAGGACUUGGUGCUAUUAAACGUACAAUUAUGGGCAGUGUUAGUGAUUAUGUUGUCCAUCAUGCAAAUACAACUGUCUGUGUUGUUCCAUCUAUGGAUGAACCACAGGAUACAUCAUAAAAUGUUUUCAAUGAACACUCUUCUACAAUCAACAUUCAGGCGAAUAAUAUUUAAUAAUGUACAAGUACACAUUAGUGCAUAUCUGAAUUUUAUAGUUCAUUAUAGUGAUGUGUUACUUAACAAUUCAUCCCACUACCGUAAAACUUUAUCUUGUUUCAUUUUUAUUGAUUUUUCAAAAUUUCUUUUGUCAUUAUUAUUACUAGCAACACUUGGUGUAUUUUAGCUAGUAAGCUAAAAUUGAUGGCUUUUUUUGUAAAACAAAAAACUGAAUUUCUUCGUAAUAAUGAAUUUCAUUUUAUCUUA